UUUCAUAAUUUUUCUAUCUUAAUCAAAAAGGGGAUCUUAAUCAUGUCUCGCCCAAAGUUGUUUGACGCUCAAUACUUCUUGGACGAGUUUCGUACUGGUGAUCAACUGAACUACGGAUUGGUGAAUAAUCAAAUACCCAUGGACCAAUAUUCGGCUCAACCAGAAGAACAUGGAGCAAAUACGUUUCCAAGUCAUGGGCACCUCAAAUCGGUGAACACUCAAAUAAACCAUAACCAGUCGGCUCAACCUGGUGCAUGCUCAUUUCAGUUUGGGACAGCUCCUAGUUAUGCAAUGAAUGAUGGAUUGGUGAAUGUUCAACUCCCUCAUCGGUUGGAUCAACCACAAGGUGCUAUUUACACGGUGAAUCCCUCCAUUAGUGCUCAGAUGAACCUUUCCCCGUUGGCUAAACCAGGAAGUUCUCAGUCUUCAAACAUAAGCAGUGCUGAUCUUGAGAAAAGAAGAAGGAAACAAGAGAGUGACAGGAAAUCUCGGGCAAAAAAGGAGGAAAUGAGAAGAGAAAACGAGGAAAGGCUGGUUAAGGUUACCGAAGAGAACAACGAAUUAAGGAAAGACAAUGCCAGCUUAAAAGAGGGAGAAGUUGAGAUGAAAAGAAAACUGAAGAAUUUCGAACAGAAAGUUAGCCACUUGGAGAAAGAAGUUAGCCGCUUGACUAACAAGCUUAAAGGCCAAAACACAAAGGUGGACGUGCUUUCUGAGAAACUAGUUGCUAGCUCUGAAACUACUGGUCUUGUGGAAGAAAACAAACAGCUGAAGCGCAAAAAUGAGCAGCUAAUGACUUCAUUGAAAAAUCCAGACAUCAUGAAAACAGUCGAGCUUGUCGAAGAGAUUGAAAAGUGGAAACGUAAAGCCAAGAGACUCCAGAUUAUAAACGAAGCUUUGUGUGACAAGAUGAAUAAUGACGAACACUAAUGAAGGGGCGUGGAGCACCCCUUCAUGACAAGGGACUUCAACAAAGUAUGUUCACUAUCGAUCAGGGAGUGGUUGAUUUGGCGUCCUGCGCAGGCUGCUCCUGUCCUCUUCUUUAUCAAUAUUUAUAUCGAACAUAUAUGUGUAAUAAGUUAUGGUUGACAUGCACAGACAGAUAGCCCCUCAACUUCGCAGUUUUAUGUUAUGGACAAGUCAGGUGUUUGUGAUGCUGUUUCA